AUGCAGUUUCCAAUAAAGAAAAUUACAAAAACAGAUAAUCCUAUCUCUCAACAAAAAGUAAAAGUAGUCUGCCGUGUUCGACCAUUCUUACCUCAUGAAUUUCCUGACGACACGGUAGGCGUUGAUGGCAAUUCUAUUAAAAUAACCAACCAGAGAAACCCGUCAGAAAUAUUGAAGUAUAGUUUCAAUGCUUGUUACGGACCAACUACUACACAAACAGAGCUUUUCAAUAAUGAUGUCUAUCCGUUGUUAGACCAUGUGCUUAAAGGACUAAAUGCUACAAUAUUUGCUUAUGGUGUAACUGGAUCAGGUAAGACUCACACCAUGCAAGGAAACCAAGAGCAUCCUGGUAUAAUACCGAGGACACUGAGGAGGCUGUUUGAAAUCAAGAACACGUCAAUCAAUCGUAUUGACAUUAAAGUUUCAUACAUGGAAAUCUACAAGGAGAAUGUAUACGAUUUAUUAGUUCCGAGGGACUCGAUCACUGGCCUGGCAAUUCGAGAAGAUAUGAACAGAAAUAUUUUUGUGGCCAAUUUGACCGAGAAAGAAUUAAAUUCAUAUGCGGAAUUUGAGAAAGUUUACGCCGCCGCCUGCAAACACAGGUCUACUGCAGCAACCAAGUUAAAUGUUCACUCAAGUCGAUCCCAUGCAAUUCUUUGUAUAUAUGUGACAUGCCGAGAUGAUGCUAGUGGCACAACAUUAUUUGGGAAAAUCAAUCUUAUCGAUUUGGCUGGAUCGGAAGACAACCGGAGAACAGAAAAUGGUAAAGAACGAUUAGUAGAAAGCGCCGCUAUCAACAAGAGUCUUUUUGCACUUGGUCAAGUCGUUGAGGCAUUAAGCCAAGGAUCGUCACGGAUUCCUUACCGUGAUUCGAAAAUGACACGAAUACUUCAGGAUUCUCUUGGCGGCCGGAGCCUUAGCAUGAUUAUCAUAAAUAUUUCGCCCGGUCAGGCAUUUUACACGGAUACUUACAAUACUCUGAAUUUUGCAACAAGAACAAGAGAAAUUGAAAAUAGACCAGAAGUGAACCAAAUAACUGAUGUUAGGCAUGUUGCCGAGCAAUUGGUUGUGGCGAAAUCCCAGAAGACAACGCGUGUUUUUCCUUCUGAACGCUCCAAUGCUCAGUCAGACAGAAAGAAACAAAGAUUCAGCGACCCAUUGUCAGAUAAGACCUUGAGCUUGGGCAAUAAAAGGAACACCUCUACAAAAAAUGAACGUCUCAGCGAUAGUAUUUUUGUGUCAACGAAGAAUGUGGAAUUUCAUGAUUUUUCUUCCAAAAGUUCACAUGGUUGUUUAGCAGAGACCUUUAGCGCUAGAAAUGCGGCAAACCCAAGGGCUUUGUUGUCAGAGAAACAACUAGAAGAAAUUGAAAAAAAACUUACAAUGAAGAUGGAAGCUAAUCUUGAUGAGAAGCUUGAGAAGAAAAUCAAAGAAAUCUCAGGGAAACAGGAAUUUUUAAGCCCAGUAUCUCAACAAAAAGCCAUCUUUGAGGAAACUCUGCAAGAACGAUUGGAACAACGAAUGGAAACAAGUAUUGAACCCCAGCUUGUUCAAUUGCUUACCCCAGAGACCAAGAUAAAAAACGGUAGAGCUUUGAUUGCGCUUGCGCGGAUGCACGAGAAACAGGACGAGCUUGUUCCCGCACUAGAAAUAUACGAAAAAGCACGUGUCUAUUUACCAGAGUAUGCUAGACUGGCUACUAAAAUCAGUGUUUUACAAGAAGAAAUUAAGACUGGCAAAGUGACAAGAUACAAAGCAAGCGGACAAAAACGUAUAGGCGAGAGGUUGCGAAAGGAACGAAGUCAGGGUGAUAAGGAGAACAAACCUUACAGUCGAGAUUCUCUAACGAAAGAUCAGCCAGUGAUGUCAAACGAAAAUUGGCAGUUGGUGAAAAAAUCUAUAUUAGAAGUCAUCAACACAGCCGAUGCAAAGCAAAUAAAGUCAUUGAAAGGUAUCGGAAACGCACGAGCGCGAACAAUAGUCGAAUAUAUCAAUUCACAUGGACCGAUUCUCGAAAUAUCCUCUCUUGAGUAUGCUGGUGUUAGUGGGAAGGUGCUUUCAAAAUUGGUAAAGGUUGCCAUGCGUCAUGCUAUGCUUGGAGCCAGUCAAAUGACCGUUGGCCCAUUCCAUAAUAGAAAAUCCAUCUAG